CCCUCCCACACCGGCGACAAGUUAGUAUGAGCGCCGGAGGAGAAAAUGCCCUUUCGUACCGGAUGACUGACCAUCUACCGCAGAGACUUGGAAGGGAAUGGAAGGGGAGGGCAGGUAAAGGAAGGCAGCUGUCAGGAGUGGCCUCUGGCUUGGAGUUAAACCCGUCUGCACCUCUGAGGUUACGGGUGUUGAAAUGUCUCGAAGGAGCAACGAUGGUGUCUCCAUUGUUCAGGCCCUGGCCAUGACCGUGGCUGAGAUCCCGGUGUUCCUCUACUCCACCUUCGGGCAGUCUCUCUUCUCCCAGCUGAGGCUGUCCCCGACCCUGAAGAAGGUGCUCUUUGCCACGGCGCUGGGCAGUGUCGCCCUGGCCCUCACCGCACACCAGCUAAAGAGACGGCGACACAAGAGGAAGCAGAUCACCCCAGGCAAGGAGGUCCAGAAACAGCAGCCUGUCCCGGGGUCACUGCUGGGGACAGGGAAACCCUCAUCUCUGAAGAGAGGUAAAGAGCACCCAGAUGGUACAGCUCCGUACCCGGGCCGGAGAGCGACAAGCCCCAGCAGCCGCAGCAAUGACACCCUCAGUGGGAUCUCCUCCAUCGCCCCCAGCAAGCAUUCCAGCUCCUCCCACUGCCUGGCAUCGAUACGAGUACCGCUGUCAAGCCAGGCAGCCAGUCCCGGAGCACCCUGGGAGACUGAGGUGAUGGAAGAGGAGGAGCCUGGGAAUGCAGAGGACAACGCGGAUAAUCUCUAUGUCCUGGGAAUGGAGUUGUUUGAGGAAGCCCUGCAGAAGUGGGAGCAAGCUCUGAACAUCCGCCAGCGAAGUGGAUCCGACAUGACCAGCAGGAACAGCCUGGUCCCCCAGAAACCAGCCUUGGAGGAGCAACCGGAGGCUCGGAACAAGGGGUUUGCGGAGAAGCUGGAGACCCUCCUCCAUCGGGCGUACACCCUCCAGGAAGAGUUUGGGAGCACCAUCCCGCCAGACAGCCUGCUGCCAGACUUUGAGAGUGAGGGGACAUUAAUCCUGCCCAAUGCGGAGGGCUUCGAUCGGAUGCAGAUGGAUGGCGCCAGUGGCACCUCUGACGAUUCUUUCUUCUCUGCAGCUGAGCUUUUGGAUGCUCUUGCGUUUGAUGGUGAAGCAUUCGUUCCCUCGAAGCCAGGGGGUCUGUAUGAAGAAGCCCUGAUGCAGGUUAGGGAGGGGCAGGUCAGCUGCAGGACCCUCAGGACAGAGCUGUUACAGUGCUACAGUGACCAGGACUUCCUGUCAAAGCUGCAGUGCGUGCGACAGGCAUUUCAGUUAUUGCUACAGGACGAGACUCAUCGGCAGUUUUUCAUGGAGAUUGGAAAGCAGAUGAUCUCGGGACUCAUGAUCAAGGCAGGCAAGAGUCCAAAAGCGUUCUUGGAAAGCUAUGAAGAGAUGCUUCGCUAUACCCAGAGAGGGGAAACCUGGGCAACCACCCAGAUGGAGCUGGAGGGGCGAGGGGUUGUGUGCCUGAACUUCUUCGACAUUGUGCUGGAUUUCAUCCUGAUGGACGCCUUUGAGGACUUGGAGAGCCCGCCCGGCUCGGUCGUGGCUGUCCUGCGUAACCGUUGGCUCUCUGACAGCUUCAAGGAGACGGCGCUGGCGACAGCCUGCUGGUCAGUGUUAAAGGCAAAAAGACGUCUCCUCAUGGUACCAGACGGCUUCAUCUCCCAUUUCUACUCCAUUUCAGAGCAUGUUAGCCCCGUUCUAGCCUUUGGAUUCCUGGGCCCCAAGCAGCAGCUCUGUGAGGUCUGCAAUAUCUUUAAGCAACAGGUCAUUCAUUACCUGAAGGACAUGUUUGACCACGAUAAAGUCCGCUACACCUCAUGUCAGUCUUUGGCUGACGAUAUCUUGCAGUUGUCACGGCGACGCAGCGAAAUUCUCCUCGGUUACCUGGGCAUUGACAGCCUAACAGAGCCCAACGGAACCUUGCACCUUGGCAACGGGCCUUCGCCGCAUAACUAAGGAGGCUUGUUUCUAAUCUGACUGUAUUGUUAUCCAGUGGACAGGGUCUGGAGUAUUCUGGUAACUGGCUGUGAACGUUCCAAUGAUUUAACAGCUACCCGUUGAAGAUCCUGCUUCGUCUGCAUGUCCACCAUGAAAAUCAAGCAUUUAUUUGAGAAAUCGGGGCGAGAAUAAUAACUGCUUGUUGGUCAACUGAAUUAUGACACAGAGUUUAUUACAUUGCACUGAUGCUGAACAAUGAAGUCAAAUGUACUCUGCAGUGCUAGGGUAACCAAUUGAGACAAAUUACCUUUUAAAUUAUAAUUAUUCUUUUUAUUAAUAUUGUUAACGCUUUUGUUUCAGUACUCUAGAUUUAAACUGUAAGAUACUCAUGUCAGGCAGCUAAAAGUCUUGGCCAGAUCCUUCAUUACUGAUGAAGACUUCAGCCAAAAAGUUUUGAGCUGUUUAGAGAUUUAGAGGGAACUGUCGAUGUACCCUUUUUCACUGGCCCAGCUGGGAACAUUGGGAGCUGGGAGAUGCCGCAUCUGGUUUCCAGUGGAAGGUCCAGCUUUCCUCAUCCGAACAAUACAGAUGCUCACAGGAUAUUUUUUCUUAUGAGGAGUUAUGCAUUAAGUGAUAAAAGCUGGGAUUUAAACCAGGAUAUGUUUGUUUGAAUCGUGCACAGUUAUGUGCCUGUGGACAUGGGAUUGUGUCUGGGGAAGACGGUUCUUCAGCAAAUGAAAAAAUCGAUGGAGGAGUCCUGACUGAGGAUCCUAUUGGAGCCUGCAGACGGAUACAUACUAAACCCUGAGAAUGAUCUGCUUGUUCCUAGCUUUCAUCAACAAUAACCACAACCGGCUUCAAUGAAUGGGGACUUGCUGUGUUUCUUCUCAGUAGAAUGGCCAGUAUGCAGUCUCAAGCCACUAAGUUUGAAAGCACUGGUAGAUGUUUUUUUUUUUUUUUUUUUUUCAUUCUGGUCUCCCAUAUGUGAAGCCCCAAGCAUUUCUUACACCUGGGUUUGCGUCAUUGCAUCAGAUGGUCUGUUCAGUUUGAGAUUGUUUGAAAUGUGAAAUCUGUGGUUGUUCCACAAGGCCAUCCCUGGUCCUGGAUAGCCACAGUCCUGCAGGUUUUCUGGGUAUCUUUUUAAAUCAUCAAUGGCUAAAGACCUGGAACAAUGGUAAGUGUUGACCAAUUAAGAAAAUAAUUGGUUCAAUUAAGUCAUUGAAAAUUCUGGUGGAACAAAAACUAGAAGAUCCUGCGGCUCUCCAGGACCAGGGCUGGACGUCCCUGAUCUAUACCAUCAUUGGAUGUAUAGUAAAGUUCUUGAUUUCAAUGUGCAAUCCAUAAGCCCAGGCAUUUUGAGGUGAAGAGAUCUGGAAAGAUCUCUUGCAGUAAAUGGAGACUCGCUGUCCUUUAGGGCUACAAGAAGAGGUCAAAAAUGUUGCUAAGAUUACAGUACCAGUACAAAUUAUGGAAACAACAAAUGAGCAAAACUAGAGGUUGGGAUUGUAUUGCCCAUCUUUCCUGACAUGGACCCUUCACUUACUGAAUAUCUUGGUAUCCCUGAAUAGGUAAUCAUCUCCUCUUAAAUAUGCUAAAUAUUUUAAUGAGCAAGGCAUCACACAGUAGAGUGGAACCCGAAAUGUUCUCCUUUUUCUAGGAAAGCAGUGCAACGGGAUGGGGAGUUUGUUGCCGGAUAACUUCACUCAGUCUACUUGCUCACUAAAUAUCUUGGUGUCCCUGAAUUGAUCAUUCCCACCCCUAGUAUUGCUUGAAAUCAUUUGUUCCCAUAAUUUGUGCCUGUACUGCAUGCAAUUUACUAUACAUAGUAAAUAUGUUAGAGGACAGUCCAGGAAUCUUUAUACCAAUACAGAACUUUACUAUACGAUUCUUGCAAUGUUAGUAGAUAUAGAAUAGACUGGUGCAACACCAUAAUUAGAUAAAAGUCAACACAAAAGACAUGAUAGUCAAAAUAAUUGUUUAUAUACUAUGAUUCUAUAUGAAUGAAUGUAGAUCUUUUAAAGUUAAAGAGGAAUGGCAGGUUGCCCUGGGCAGGUGUUUGUAGAGCUGGCAUUAGAAUUGUUCUUUGUACUUGGUGAUGCUGAAAUUUAGAAGGUAGGAAAUGCAGUGCUAACUAGAAUUUGUGUGCACACUGAUUCAGCGUAGCAUGUGGACCGGAAAUCUGUAUGAUAUUGUUUCUGCACUUGUACAAUAAUGGAAAUAUAUAUAUAUUCCAAACACUGACAAUCUCAGCUGCCUUACCAUCUUCAUUCUUUACUUAUGUUGGCAGUAGCUUCUUGGUGCAAUCGAAAUGAUUGUUAUAGCCCUGGGUAUUUGACUUGACUUCAUAUAACGGUAAAAACUGAAAAACAACCAUGCUUCUUAUUUUUGUUUCUGUAUUUGAACACAUCACGUGUUAUUUUAUAGUGUGGACAGCGGAAGAAAGUCGCUGCUUCGCCCAGUAGAUAUUGUAUAUAAUUUUUGAUCACCUAAAGCCAAACGUCCAGGUUAAGAAAAUGAGUGGUGUCAAGUAUUAUGUUUCAAAACUGAUUCACUCUUUUAAUAAGCCUUUGAAUGUAUGUUUUAAAAAUUUACAAAUUAUUUAAUUUAACAAUAAAUGGAUCCUACUUUUCCAUGUCAGUCUAAAUAAUCUUUGAAGCUGACUAAUUCUAUGUUUCUAGUCUGCUGCUAGGGAAUGCCAGAUUGAAUUCUAUGUUCCUUUUUAAAUAGUUUUUAGAAAAAAAGACGAGAUCCCAUGUAACAAACUAAUCAGAAUGCAUGUGAAACAGUAAACCAAGGUUGUGUCUGGUAAAACUUUUUUUAUCCUGUGGACAAAGUCUUGAGUUCUCUAAGAACUAAAAGGAUAGUUCUACAGUUCAGUUCUACACUGACAAUGCUGUAUAGGCUAAAUAUAAUCUUGGAGGGCUGGCAUUUUUUAAUCUUGUAAAAGCUUAUGCAAAGCAUUCUAACACCGCCAUGGGGGAUCAAAACAUGGCACUUUCCUGCUUAAAAACUUUACUUUCUUUGGGGAAAAACACAUUUCCCUUAUUUAUUUAAGCCAGUCUAUAUGUAAUCUGGAACCGUCCAAUGAUUUCAAUUGCUGUGCAAGGAUACAGUGGUAUUUAAAGUUGAAAAUGUGAAAAAUCUUAUAAAACUUGAUUUGGGGUUUUAAACCAGGUUUAUAUUCAGUUUUGUAUAUUUAAAUUUGUAUUAGAGCCCGUUUCACUGCGUUUUAACUGUUCCAAUCCAUGUUUACAUGAAAUCAGUUUCUUCUGUUCCAAGUGACUUCUGAACGCACUCUCCUCUUCACAGCCAAGGCUGCUUGUUUUCAAAGUGAUUCAUUAGAACCAUUUUUUGUCUAAUUCAGCUUAAUAAAUCAUAACACAAAAUUA